AUGAGCGAACAGCUUGGUAAGGCCGCCGCCGCGGCGCGCGGCCUACGGGCCGCAUAUCGAAGAAGAGGCCGAGAGGAGCUGUAUCCCAUGGUGCCGUGGAAAUACGACCUCUUCCUCUGGGUCAUGGGCGUGCUGGUCGACCUCUUCUUCCGCGAGGUUCACCCUCGAGGCACGUGGAAGGUCCCACGGACCGGUCCCGUCCUCUUCGUCGCCGCGCCGCAUGCCAACCAGUUCGUUGACGCCCUCGUGCUGUACCGAACCCUACGCAACGAGGCCGGCCGUCGCGUGAGCCUGCUGAUUGCCCAGAAAUCUGUUCACGGCUUCAUCGGCUGGGGCUCGCGCCAGGUCGGCUCCGUGCCUGUUGGCCGCCCUCAGGAUGCCGCGAAGCCUGGCUCCGGCACCAUCUACCUGCCCGACCCUGACAACGACCCGACGCUGAUUCGCGGCGUCGGUACAAAGUUUGGCGAGGGCGAGGGCGAGGUCGGCGGCAUGCUGUUCCUGCCCUCGACCAAGGGCCACACGGGCGCCAGCAUUGACAUUGCCGAGAUCAUCAGCCCCGAGGAGAUUCGCAUCAAGCGCGCGUUCAAGGGCAAGAUUCCCAUGCGCCAGCUGACGGGCCGUGACGACGGGCCGGCAGCGACUCUCGGAGGAGUUCCAAGGCACAAAGACCCCGACAUUGGGCUCAAGAUUGUGCCGGUCGGCAUGAACUACUUCCACGCGCAUAAGUUCCGGUCGCGGGCUGUCAUUGAGUUUGGCGCGCCGUACGAGAUCCCGAAGCGCAUCAUCGACAUGUAUCGCAACAACCAGAGACGCGAGGCGAUUGGCGAGCUCCUCGACACAACGCACCAGAUUCUCAGCGCCGUCACCGUCUCGACACCCGACUACGACACGCUCAUGCUCAUUCAGGCGGCGCGGCGGCUCUACAACCCCACUGGCAAGAAGCUGCCGCUGCCGGUGGUUAUUGAGCUCAACCGGCGACUGGCGCUGGGCUACGAGCGGUACAAGGAUGACGAGCGCAUCGUGCACCUGUCCAAGGCGGUCAAGGAGUACAACCGGCAGCUGCGCUACGUCAACCUGCGCGACCACCAGGUGCAGUAUGGCAAAAUGUCGACGCCCAAGGUCAUCCUGACGCUCAUCUACCGCAUCGGCAAGCUGCUGACACUGCUCGUCGGCGUGCUGCCGGGCCUCAUUCUCUUCGCGCCCGUCUUCAUUGCGGCCAAGGUCAUCUCCAUUCGCAAGGCUAAGCAGGCGCUCGCCGGAUCGACGGUCAAGAUCCAGGGCCGCGACGUCAUGGCGACGUGGAAGCUGAUGGUCGCCAUCUUCUUCGCACCGACGCUGUACAACUUUUACUCGGCCGUCGUCACGUGGCGCGUCUACGUCGACCACCUCUGGGGCACGGUGCCGGCGUGGGUGCCGUGGUGGACAGCGUACCUCGUCAUGUGGCCGCUCAUGGUGGGCAUCAGCUUCGCGGCGCUACGCUUUGGCGAGGUGGGCAUGGAUAUUUUCAAGUCGCUGCGGCCGCUCGUGCUGUGCCUCAACCCGGCGUCGAGCUACAACAUUCACCACCUGCGCGAACGGCGCGCGCAGCUCAGCACGGAGGUCACGGACGUCAUCAACACGCUGGGGCCCGACAUGUUUCCCGACUUUGACAAGACGCGGCUCGUGGCAGACUCGCAGGGCAGCAGCCGAGGCACGGCAGCCACAGCAGACGGCCGGCCCUCGACGCCGCCAUAUCAGCAGCAGCAGCAGCCGCCGUAUGGUCAGCGACGCGACAGCGAUGCGUCAAGCAAUUACGAUGCGCAGACACCGCCAUCGCUCGGACGGCGCAACACAACCAUGUCGAGCCGCGGGCUGCCGCGCAACGAGUCGUUCAGCAACAUUGGCGGCGUGGGCAUCUUCUCGACGCGGGCCGCCGUCGCGGUCGAGAAGCCGCAGCCGCAGCAGCAGCAGCGGCGGUGGCUUCGGCUCGGGCGGGUUCCCUGUCAGCGGGUUCACGACGCUCGAUUCGCAGGGUGGGUUCGAGGUGGCGAGCAAGAAGAUUCGCGAGGCGAUGAAGUUGCGCAGGCGGAAGAGCGGCGACGUCAGGAAGAUUGA